AUGUCCAUACCUAUGAAAGGUUCAACUUUAUCAAUUGAAACGAAAGAUGAUCAGAAUGAAACUAGAUCGAAUAAAAAACUACAUCGAUUUGUUAACAACCGUCGAAGAAUUUUUCAAAGUGAAUUAAAACAAAUAUUUUCAUUUCAUCCAAAAGAAUGGAUUAAUGCAUUUCGUUUCAAUUCAUCAUAUCCCUUAUUUGUAAAAGGUGAUAUUGAUGGUUUUAUGGCAUUAUUUAUUAAUAAUUUGGCAACUUUAUUAACAGCAAUAUUGUGUUUACAACCAAUAUUAGGAAAUGAUAUUGUCUAUGGUAAAAUUGUACCUGGAGUUGGUCUAUCUAUGUUAUGGGGUGAUUUAUAUUAUGUAUAUAUGGCUCGAAAACUUGCAUAUAAAGAAAAACGUGGUGAUGUAUGUGCUAUGCCUUAUGGUAUAAAUACUCCAGGUGCAUUUGCAUUCAUUUAUGUUAUUAUAUUACCAACAUAUUAUGG